UGAGCCGGGCCAGCUGUUCGCAGGGGGCGGCGGGCCCGAGCGCCGGGAGUCUGGGGAGGGGGAAGCGCCCGACGGCCGCCUCUGCCGCUGCAGCCGCAGCCCCCGAUGUCGCCGCAGUAAUCGCCGCCACCGCAGCACCCGCACCCUCGGCGGCCGCAGCAUCAGCACAGCAGAGCCGAGCCCGGAGCCCGCCGCCCCGCAGGAUGGCUGUUGCUCCUCCAAGUUACUGUUUUGUGGCCUUCCCACCACGUGCUAAGGACGGCCUGGUGGUGUUUGGGAAAAAUUCAGCUCGGCCCAGGGAUGAAGUACAGGAGGUUAUGUAUUUCUCGGCUGCUGAUCAUGAACCCGAGAGCAAGGUUGAGUGCACUUACAUUUCAAUCGACCAAGUCCCCAGGACCCAUGCCAUUGUGAUAAGCAGACCUGCCUGGCUUUGGGGGGCAGAAAUGGGAGCCAACGAGCAUGGAGUGUGCAUAGCCAAUGAAGCCAUCAAUGCCAGAGAACCCGCCGCUGAGACGGAGGCCUUACUGGGGAUGGAUCUGGUCAGGCUUGGUUUAGAAAGAGGGACAACAGCAAAAGAAGCCUUAGAUGUCAUUGUCGCCUUGUUGGAAGAACACGGACAAGGUGGGAAUUACUAUGAAGACGCGGACUCCUUCCAUAGCUUCCAGAGCGCGUAUCUGAUCGUGGAUCGCGAGGAGGCCUGGGUGCUGGAGACGGUGGGGAAGUACUGGGCUGCCGAGCAGAUCACAGAGGGAGUGAAGUGCAUUUGCAAUCAGCUUUCACUCACCACAAAGAUCGACGCGGAGCACCCUGAACUCAGGAGUUAUGCUCAGAGUCAAGGCUGGUGGACGGGGGAGGACGAGUUCAAUUUUUCUGAAGUUUUCUCUUCAGCUGAUGACCAUCUAGACUGCUGUGCAGGCAAAGACAGCAUAGAAAAGAAAGAAGAAAGCAUCACUGUGCAGACUAUGAUUGACAUCUUACGGGACAAAGCCAGUGGAGUCUGUAUAGACUCUGAGUCUUUCCUUACCACAGCCAGCGUAGUGUCUGUUCUGCCUCAGAACAGAAGCUCGCCAUGCAUUCACUACUUCACUGGGACCCCAGAUCCUUCCAGGUCCAUAUUCAAGCCUUUCAUCUUUGUUGAUGAUGUAAAACUUGUCCCCAAAGCACAGUCUCCUUGUUUUGGGGACAGCGACCCUGCCAAAAAGGAGCCUCGGUUCCUGGAGAAGCCAGACCGCCGGCAUGAGCUGUAUAAGGCCCAUGAGUGGGCACGUGCUGUCAUCGAAAGUGACCAGGAGCAAGGUCGUCAGCUGAGAAAGACCAUGCUGGAACUAGAGAAGCAAGGCCUGGAGGCCAUGGAAGAAAUCCUGACCAGCUCUGACCCCCUGGACCCCACCGAAGUGGGGGAUCUUUUCUAUGACUGUGUUGACACGGAGAUUAAGUUCUUUAAGUGAAGUAAGCAUUCCCUUUCCCCUUCUUAUUUAAAUGUUCCCACCUUACUAAAUUACCAGCAAAACAAACCUCUCCUGUGUGAGUAAAAUGAGAAAGUUCAGAUGUGUUAAAGUCACACUCUUGUGUUCUGCCUUGAAGCUCAGCAACGACCCCUUCUCCUACCACGUAGCUUCCCUUCUUUUGCAAUGUAAUGCGUCUCCAUUUGCCUGUCGUUCGAUUGUAUGACUAAUUGUGGAUUUGCAGCUGCUCUCAUUGCAUCUCAGUGACAGUGGACACAUUAGCCUUCUCACAGAGGACAAGCGUUCACCAGGCCUUGGAAGGGGGCUCCACAGUGCUAAGUGUGCAGGAAAAGCAAAAUCUUUGGAAGUCCUAGUCUUUCUUUCCAUACUGGUUUCUUCCGGGUUAACAAAAGUCCAGGGCUCUUGUGUGUGUGGUUGAGGGAGAAGCUUCCAGGCCUCCCUUCACAGGAGUGCAUGCCUGUCAUGCAGAGUGUUUCCAAAUGGGUCUGCUGAGGGACAAAACCAAUGGGGAGGAACAAAGGGGGCCCCUCUGGGAUCCCAGCUCAUCCCAAUUCCCGUGAUCCUAGAGAGCCUGGCUUCUCUACACCGCACGUAUGUGUGGGGGACCCAUAGAUGGCCCCUGCGCGAGGGAGAGCUGGUUAGCCGAGUUAGCUAGAAGCGCCCACGUUAGAGAUUGGGAGGCGGCUGCACCGGUGGCUUCCCCGCACCACUGUGUGGCUCUCCCCAAAGGACUGAGGCUCUCCCUGCACUGUAGCGUGCCGCCCUUGGAUGUGGCUUUGUGUAGAAGCGAUUUCAGGCCUGGUUACGGCCGUCUACUUCGGGAUUAAUUAAAUGGCCCUAUGGCACAGUUCCACCCCACAAAGCUGAGAAUUUCUCCAGCUCAUGAGGGAAAGCAAAGGAGAAAUUCUUGACUGUUUAGAUUUCAGUUAAAGUAGCUGGAAUCGGAGCAGCGACUACAUUAUCUCAGCAGAGACUUUAGUUAAACUGAUUUGUCUCCAACGUCAUGUUCACACGAAGGAUUUGACUUUCCACCGGGGCAUAGAAGAGCGUGUGAGGAGGACCAGAUGGGCUCAGCAUUGGGAAGACAGAGGGCAGGGAGGUGACAGAUGGAUGCAGAAGCAUUCGGCUGCGGGGUGGCGAUCCAAGCCCCAGCCUUCCUGCCCAGCUUGUUACAUCCCACCAAGCUGCGUAGGGUGCCGCUGGCUCUCCCCGGCCCCUCCCUUUAUUACCAGUCGCUGCUAUCGGAGUGAAGGCGGCCGAAGGGGGCAGGCGUCGGGAGGGCUUCGCUUGGGCCGUUGAAACUCUAAAGCCCUGGGAAGUGGGCCCGGGGGCAGCGAUGAUGAGCAGAUGCGUAAGCAGGGGUAGCCGCUCGGGAAGGACAGCAGCUUCCUUGCUCCGGCCUCCCCUGUGCCAUUGGGGCCCAAUCACGCUUCGUCACUGGUAGGAAGUUGCAAGUGGAAAAACUGUGAGCGUCAGUAAUCUCUGAAGUGACCUGGGAUUAGUGACGCUGCACUGGCGGCGGUGCCCCACACGCCAUGCGGGCUGGAAGGGACGUGGUCCCACAUGCAUAUGUGGCACGGAGGGCCACGGGUCUUACCGGAACACAUCCUACAGUUGCUCACCGUGUCUCGUCCAGGGCUUUCCCUGUGCGUGAGUGCAGGGCCUCCUCCUAGAGGGAGCGGCCAUCCCCAGGGCGUCUGCUUACAGAUGCUAAGGCAGGGGAGGGUGAGGCUUGGGGGUGGGGCACAGGUACUUCGCUGCCCCUCAGUCCACCUGCUCGGGGGUUAUUUAAGACAAGGUGAUGUGGAAAACCACCCUCAGAUUUCACCACGUGGUUCACCUCCACGUGUUAUAGAAACAUUUUGUCAGACCUGACAGGUCAGAGAUACCCAAGGUGAUCCGGGGUUUUACCGAAAGAAGUCUAAUGAGGCUAAAUUACACAGAGGCCUGCUUUCAUUAUUACGGGCCACACAGAGGUCAUGGAGAACCCAUCCAGCCAAUGCCAUUCCCUAGCCACUGUGAAGUGGGAAAUACAAUGGCUACUUCUGUUAGGGGACAUUUGUCCAGCAACUCAAAGAAGGACCAACCCUAAAUGAGAAUUUGUCUGUACGUCACAAUUGUGAUGCCCCUGUCUUACCACCAGGGGGCGCGGCAGCCCGCCAUGGCACAGCCUGGCAGACGUUAAAUGGGGCUGGGAUGCUUCCAUCCAGCACAGAGGGGGUUCUGUGCACAGUCAAACCCCCAAUAAUAGCAGUGGAUGAAUUCUUUGUGCCUUGGGGGUUGUGGGGGAAAGACAGGAAGAGAGUAAGAAAUCUGCUGAUGCAGCUGGACUCACUUCUAGCGACUUUUCCUCUACUUCCGUCAACUGCUUAAAAUAUGUUGUUGGAGUUUGAGCAGGCUGUUGGGGAGAUGUUUCUUUUUCAAUGCUCCUAACAGACGCUGCUUUUGAAAAAUGCUUAUCAUUACGUGGAUGAUUUCUUGACCAGGGAUUGCUUUUCUAAAGGCAGUGUGGGGAAAUGAAUAUUCAAGAUGAACUAUGAAAGCAAUGUUUAAAGGUCAGUGUGUAAAUAGCUUCCUGAAAUACCAUUUGUAUAUCCAUUAAGACUUGGAUGGGGGAGCUGUGCAUGCUUUGUGAAGAAAGAAGGCAUGGCCAGGAUGGAAUUUCUCCCCUAUUCCCAUGCCCCAUAACCAAACAUAAGCUACUUAGUCUUGUCUAGCAGAUGGGAUUUACCAUAGAAGAAGACAGCCCUCAUCUUCUAAGGGGAAAGAGGCUGCAGUAAAAGUAAAUUAGCAAAGCAGAGUAGUCCUCUUCAUUCUUGGAGGUUGGUUUGGAAUUCUAGGUAGAAUUUUAGGUAGAAUAAGGCUAUACUUGAAAUUAUGGUGAUUCUUCAGUGCCCAGUAACAUAAGACUCAGUGUUAUUGUUAGGAAGAGUUUUUCUUAUAAGCUAACAGAGCAGGUAUAUGCCUAUUAGAUAUUAGCAGUGAAGUUCCUUCACUACUGGGUGAAUUGUUAGGUAUAAAAAAUAAUUACCAACCAGGCAAACUACUUUGCUUCCUAACUUAUGUCAUCCCACAUUGGUAUAGGUAUUCCACCGCUCUGACUGGCCCAGGAGGGAAGCCAGGUGGGACCAGUGUGUCUGCUAGGAAACUACGAACUGCAUUCUUGACUGCUGAACAGUCAAGUCAUUUGUAGGGGAGGUCUUCAGCUGAGCUCUCAGCUUCAGGAAGGAAGCACAUGAAAGAAGGAGGGAGGGGAGCCCCUUAGCUGGCCAUGCUUGUAUGGAGGGGGAGGAGUGGCGGGCCACAUGCACAUGCUGUCCCAGCACCACCCUGUGCCUCCCUGUGGCUGUGACAUUUCAUUCUGCACAGUCCCAAGUCCCAGCUCUCCUCCUAUGGCUUGUGUCAAAUGUGCUUUUUCUGACUGACUUCAAACAUUCCGAAUGUCACAUGCAGAUUUCUCAUGGGAAUGAAUAUGUAUGUGUUUGCAAUCAUGUUGUGAGAAGUUAAAUGUGUGAGCUGGGAAAUGCUAUUGGCAGGGAAUACUACAAAAGAAAAUCUUUCUGUUUCCUGCAGUGGGAACUGACCGUGUAGUCUUAACAGCCUUUUGUACAAAUAUCUAUGAACCAGAUAACUUCCCUAUCUAGUGCUUGCCCUUGGAAUUGUCUCUAAAUACAUCAAGCAUACAAUAAAAAAAAAAAAAA